AUGUAUUCUGCGAUCCCUAAAGUGUGGCGGGAAGACUCCCCGAAGAAUGUGACAUUGACGGAAAAGAACAAUUCCCUCGUUGAGCUACAUAUCCCCACCAUCACAUUUAUCGCCAUCCUGAUGGAUUACUUACCGUCGACAUACCGCUCGCUCAUUUUAUGGCUGGGUUGGAUAGACUUCAUAGCCUGCACCGUUGGGAUGCCUUUAUUGAUCGUCAGUAUGUUGUAUCCGUACAUGUUCCCGUCCGAAGAAGCGUGCAAAUCUCUAAGAUUCUUACACGUUUUUUUUGUCGUAGCUUCGGCGUUUAUUGUAAUAUGUAUUGCAGUAGAAAGACACAGAAGAAUCUGCUACCCAUUUUCGGCAGCAUUACUGCUCACCAUAAUCAGUAUGGUUAUUAUGGGAGUAUUCUACUUCCGGAUUGGAAGGACGAUAAUGCUCAGCCAUAGUACGAGCGUCCAAGGCCUAACUGCGGACACAAAAUCUCCCUUUACUGUUGACAAACUGGAAUCUAGUCGGAUUUCAACUAGCAUCAAGGGACCAAGUCUGCGGACGAAGCAAGUGACCUUAAUGUUGUUGAUUAUAACUGGUGUGUUUGUGGUAAGCUUUAUCCCUCACUUAGUUCCCAUGGUGACGAUUUCCAUAAAACCCGAUUUUCUCAAGGUAGUGUCUUCAGCUGGUGUUGCAGUGUAUAAUAUAUUUCUCCGAUCCUUUGUAAUCAACAACAUGGCCGAUCCAAUCAUCUACGGAUUUUGUGACAAAAAGUUCAGAGGAGAAUGUGCUAGUGUAGCCUGCAACGUUCUUACCUUUGGGGGUAGAAAGUAAAGCAUGUACUGCAUAAUUAUCAUUAAAUUGAGUUGUUCAUGAAUGAUUUAAAAAUGCAAAAGACAUCAUGAACAAUCUAUCAUUAUAUCAUGAUAAGUCUAGACAAAAUAUAUAAUGUUAAUGUGGGAUUACAUCAUACAAAUGGAAGAUGUGAAUAUAAUGGCAGUUCGAAACGAAAUAAUCAAUGAAGUGAAACAUGGAUAUUCGGUGCAUAAGGAACAAUAACAAUUACUGGCAAGAACUGGUUAUGUUGGUUUGUGUACAUUAUGUAACGUUUGUUGCUGUAUAGAAAUAUCAAAACCAUGUAUGUCGCGAUAGGGAAUAACGAAUGGAAUAUUAGGUGUAUAGGGAAUUUGUUUGCACUCAGUGCUUCUGUAUUAAACAGGGUUUGCAUAUGUAUGAGUAUUAAUAAAGAGAUAAAGGGUGUGCAUUAUUGUAAUUGAACGCGCAUGCUGAUUCUUUUGGGCUUUAUAAUUGAAAUGAGGACGAAUAAUGUUGAGCUUGG